AGGCCGCUGAUGACCAUGACCCUCGUCCUGACGUUCGGGUCCUCUCUCCAGUACGGUUACAACCUCUGGGUGGUGAACCAUCCUGCGGCAAUUAUCAAAGAGUUCCUCAACGCCACUUACAAGGCCAGGAAGAAGGAGAACAUCCAGCCCAAUCUUCUGAAUUUUCUGUAUACCUUGACCACAUCCAUCUAUUCCCUGGGGGGCGUCAUUGGGUCUGUUAUGGCUUACCCGAUGGUCGAUACCUGCGGCAGGAAAGGUGCCCUGAUGAUAACUAACCUUUUAGCCAUCGCCUCUGCCCUCUUCAUGGGUUUUUCUACGAUAGUCCAGGCUUACGAAUACAUCAUCUUUUCGCGACUGAUCAGUGGGGUCUGCUCAGGCAUCUUCUCCUGCGCUGUACCCAUGUACCUUGCUGAAAUUGCUCCCCGAAGUUUGCGAGGGGCCACCAUCACAAUGGCCAUGGUGGCUGUGGCCACUGGGGUCCUGAUCUCGCAGAUCCUUGGUCUUCGGGAAAUCCUAGGUUCUAAAGAAAAGUGGCCCAUCUUGCUGAGCUUAAUGGGGUUUUUCGCGGCGUUUCAGCUCCUCGUUUUGCCCAAAUUCCCCGAAAGUCCUCGAUUUCUGUUGAUUCAAAGGAAGAACGAGGAGAAGGCUAGAAAAGUCUUGAGGGUCCUGCGAGCCAAGGAAGACGUAGAGGAAGAGAUAGAAGAGCUCAAUCAGGAGGAUAUAUGUGAGAUGGCGGAAAAGGAAAUGAAGGGGCUGAAGCUGCUCACCUUCAAAGGCCUCCGGUGGCAGAUGAUCUCUGUCGUCGUCCUGAUGGGUGGUCAGCAGCUCACGGGGGUCAACGCUGUGUUUUAUUACACGGGGAAGACCUACGAAAUGAUACAGCCGAGCAAGAACGAAGCCCAGUAUAUCAGCAUUCUCUCCUCUGUGUUUGUAAUCCUCACCUUACUAAUUGUGACCUACACCAUUGAUACCGUGGGGCGAAGGAUCUUAAUCCUCAUGGGAUUCAGCAGCUGUAGCACCCUCUGUGUCUUGCUAACCAUGACUCUCGAACCUCAGUCCACAGUGACCUGGAUGUCUUAUGUUUCUUCUUCUCUUCUCUUCCUCUUCUUCAUCAGUUACAUGUUGGGACCAGGUCCAUUGCCACAUGUGAUCGCAGCAGAACUGUUUCUUCAGUCGUCCCGAUCCACGGGGGUUGUGCUGGGUGGUUUUGUCUACUGGCUUCUAAAUUUUGUUACGGGGAUGGUGGUCCUUCAUAUAGAUAGGAAGAUCGGAACCUACACACUUCUUCUCUUCUGGCCUCUCUGCAUGGCUAGCUUUGUUUUUAUAUUCAGAUUCAUUCCUGAGACCAAAAACAAGACCUUUCUGGAGAUCCGGAGGCUUAUGGCUGUGCAGAUGGCCAAAAAAAUUCAGGUCCAAGGGCCCUAUGACCACCUAGGACAACAGAGGCAGUUGAUGAGGCUGAAUGGGAAGAGGCGCAGAAAACACAGGAACAUCCAGGACCCUUCCUUUGUCCCGUCCGUGCCCUCGAUUUGAAGAAG